AUGGCUUGGGAACAGCUUGAGAUUUCCAAACCUCAUUUAGCUUAUGCUAUCAUUGGCGGAUUCACAUCAUUGUUUAUGCUAUGUUCGUCUAUCAUUAAGGAGAAACUGUAUCUCGGUGAAGCAAGUGUCGCUACAGCUAUUGGCUUAAUUUUUGGUCCUCAUGUAGCAAACCUGUUUAAUCCUACUACUUGGGGCAAUGUUGACUACAUUACGGAAGAAUUGUCGCGUAUUGUGCUUAUUGUUUCAGUUUUUGUUGCAGGAGUCGAAUUGCCCAGGGCUUAUCUGCUUCGCCACGCUCGAGGCAUGUUCAUAAUGCUUCUGCCCAUCAUGAUUGUAGAGUGGCUCGUCACUACAGCGUUUGUGUAUGCCCUCAUUGCACGAUUGAGUUUUCUGGAAUCGCUUGCUGUCGCAGCAUGUGUCACAGCAACUGAUCCCGUAUUAGCAUCGACAGUCGUAAGCAAGGGUAAGUUCGCAAGACGUGUUCCUGGUCAUUUACGAAACCUGCUUCUUGCGGAGUCUGGUUGUAACGAUGGCAUGGCAAUUCCUUUCUUAUACCUUGCCGUGUAUUUGCUUAUUGAAAAGCCGGCCAGUCAUGCAGGACGUGAUUGGGUGCUGCUUAUUAUUUUGUAUGAAUGUACGUUCGGUGUCAUCUUCGGAGCUAUCCUUGGCAUCAUUGCUCGCAAAGCGAUUAAGUAUUCCGAGCGUCAUGGACUUAUGGAUCGGGAGAGUUUUCUCGUGUUCUACUUUGUGCUUUCGCUCUUUUGUGCCGGCAUCGGCACAAUUAUUGGAGUCGACGAUCUGUUGGUUUCUUUUUCUGCCGGUGCAGCCUUUGCAUGGGACUCGUGGUUUCAGAAGAAGACGGAAGAAUCGCAUGUUACGAACGUCAUUGAUUUACUUCUUAACUUGUCUUUCUUCGUUUACUUUGGUUCUAUCAUUCCAUGGUCUCAGUUCAAUUCGCCCGAACUGGGUCUGCCCGUAUGGCGGUUAAUUGUGCUCGGUAUUUUGGUACUUUUGUUUCGUCGGAUUCCAGCUGUUUUAAUCUUUAAGCCUUGGAUUCCCGAGCUUUUGAAUUGGAGAGAAGCCCUUUUUGCUGGCCAUUUUGGGCCAAUUGGUGUGGGUGCCAUUUACACUUGUAUCGUUGCCAGAGCCGAACUUGAGUCCGGCCAUACUGUUCCUGAAGUCGACAUCUCAGAUGAAUCACAUCCUCAUUACUACAUUAUUCAAGUGAUUUGGCCUAUCGUGUGUUUCUUGGUUUUGAGUUCUAUUAUCGUCCAUGGCAGUACCAUUGCCGUGUUCAUGCUUGGAAAGCGUAUUAAUACAUUGGCUCUUAGUUUCACGCAGACAAGAGACUCGCACUUUUUGUGGAAUCUGCCUCGAAUCCGUCAGGGACAAAGUCUACCUCUGCGACGUUCUAAGACACAGGCCAAGAGCGAGCGUUCUAUCCAGCAAUCUAUAUCCCCGGAAAAUCGAAAUUCUAUUCACCAGGAUCUCCUUUCUCAACCCGAAGCUGCUCAUGUUUCGCCGAGCUCGCCUGAAGUUCACGGUCUUCGGCACACCGAUUAUGAGAAUGUCGACACGUCCCCUCAACCACCAAUUAUUGAUAUACAACAUUCAAACCCGAGCAGCGAUGAGCGUGUCAAUAGUAGCUCUCAGGAACAGUUUCAAAUUGGCGAUGAUAUUAUCGUUGAAGAUGAAUCUGGUAACGUAAUCUCCCAUACAAAGUCUCGCGAACCUGAGAUGGAAAAGGAAGAAGAGGAACCAGAAUGGCCUUCCAAGAAACCAAAGACUUUCGUUGGACGGUGGUACAGAAGAUUCAUGGAUGCUGUUAAACGAAACAUGGAUGAUCGGUUUGACGGUGUCGAAGACGAGGAGAAUCGUAUCGGCAGACCGACGGAUUUGCGAAAGAUGAACGACGAUGUUAAUGCUGAUGACUAUUCGGAUCGUGAAAACAGUGUUGAGCGGCGGCGCCGUGAGCAAGUACUUCAGACAUUGGGUGACAGUGAUGAUGAGGACUCGUAUCUUGCACCUCCUACCCAAAGCAGAUCAAGAAGACCAUCCACAGUUAGUUCUCGUUACUCUCGUACAUCGCGCACGCCGACACCGACUCCAUCGUUUGAUGAGGCCCAUCAAACCAGCGAGGCUUCCAAUACUGGUACUACUGCUCCCCGUGGAAAUAUUCGUUUUGUGAACCUCGUUCCUCCUAGUCAGUAUAUGCACCGACGUUCUCACUCUGGGUAUACUGAAAAAUAG